AUGGAUUUUGUUGUGGAAUUGCCACUGACACCAAGAAAAAAGGAUGCCAUCUGGGUGAUUGUAGAUAGAUUGACCAAGUCAGCACAUUUCUUACUAGUGAGAACUCAUUACUCAUUGGAGAAAUAUGCAGAACUAUAUAUCAAUGAAAUAGUUCAGUUACAUGGAGUACAUCUUUCCAUUAUUUCAGAUAGGGACCCGAGGUUCACAUCCAGAUUUUGGGAGAAAUUGCAUGAAGCACUGGGUACUAAGUUGAACUUUAGUACAGUUUUUCAUCCUCAAACAGAUGGACAAUCUGAAAGAGUAAUUCAAACACUGGAAGAUAUGCUUAGAAAUUUGAAGAGAAAAGCUAUAGCAUAUGAAGUUGGAGAUAAAGUGUUUCUUAAAGUCUCUCCAUGGAAAAGAGUGCUUAGAUUUGGCAAAAAGAGAAAGUUAAGUCCUAGGUUUAUCGGUCCAUAUGAGAUAAUUGAACGUGUGGGUCUGGUAGCCUACAGGUUAACAUUACUCCCAGAAUUAGAUAAGAUACAUAAUGUCUUCCAUGUAUCCAUGCUAAGAAGAUACAGAUCUGAUCCUUCUUAUGUCAUUUCUUCUGAGACAAUUGAUAUUCAACCUGAUUUGACUUAUGAGGAGGAACCAGUGAAGAUUUUAGCACAAGAAAUAAAGGAGUUGAGAAAUAAGAAGAUUCCAUUAGUGAAGAUCCUUUGGAGAAACCACAAAACAGAGGAGGCUACAUAG